AUCCGUACUACCUACCUUUCUUGAUCGCAGCCAAGCUUGAGUCGAUACUACGUGUGGUGGUAGUACUCCGGGGUGCAAUAAUGGCACCAGACCGAGGCUCCCGUUCCCGCUAUGAUCCUCUUCACGGCGAGCCGGAAGAGGAUGACAACGACGAUGAGCUGCUGCGUCACGCGACCUCGCGCUCCAUCGCCCAGGAGCCCAUCGGCCAAGAACCCGACGCGGACUUCCUCGAGAAGAGAUCGGAAGAGCGACAAUUCACCUUUCGUGCGCUGCUCAUCGGCCUGCUAAUCGGCGUGUUGAUCGCCUUUAGCAACACCUACUUUGGCCUACAAACGGGAUGGAUAUCCGGGAUGGCGAUGCCGAGUGCGCUUAUCGGCUUCGCCUACUUUAAGGCCUUACGCACCAUUGCCAACGGACUGGGCUUUGCGCAAGGUGAGGACGGCCGGCCAGGCUGGGUGCAAUGGGGCGCGGGCUUUUCAGAAGUGGAGAAUGUACUUGUACAAACUGUUGCUGGCAGUGUGGGCACGAUGCCGCUUGGCUGCGGGUUUGUCGGAGUAGUGCCUGCGCUGGAGUACCUGCUCAAACCCAGCGAGACGCCAGGGAGCAACUCGACCGACCCGGAGAUUGUGGCUGCGCUGGCCGCGGCGGAGGAAAACGGAGGGUUGCGCUUACCGCUGGGCAAGCUUAUCCUGUGGGCCCUCGGCCUCUGCUUCUUCGGCGUCAUAUUUGCUGUUCCGUUACGGAAGGAGGUCAUUGUGCGUGAAAAGCUGAAAUUCCCGUCUGGCACGGCAACGGCCCUGAUGAUCGGCGUGCUGCAUGGUGGGGAGAAAACGGGUGCGGAGGGAGAGGUGGAGAGUCAUGCAAGGAGGCGGCGGAAGAGCGUCAAGCCUAGUGGGGAUGCAAAUGGCGGGGACGAGGAGAGCCAGGCGUUGAUGGGCGACGCCAGCCCAGGCGCGAGGCAAAGCCAUGAGUACGAGAUCAACGGCAAGCCUGAUCCAAAGGCCGAUGCAAAGAGAGACUGGAUACGGCAGAUCCGCCUGCUAGGCUACGCUUUUGGCGUCAGUGGCACCUAUACUCUUGUUUCCUAUUUCCUACCGCAACUCCACAGCAUUCCCAUAUUCGGUAACUACGUCGGCAACACCUGGCUCUGGACGCUUAACCCAUCUCCCGCGUAUGUGGGACAAGGCAUCAUCAUGGGUCCAGCGACUACGAUUCACAUGCUCCUUGGAGCUAUUCUUGGCUGGGCCGUGCUAUCACCGAUCGCCAAAGAUCAAGGUUGGGCUUCCGGGGAUGUCGGUGAUUGGAAUACCGGAAGCAAAGGCUGGAUUGUCUGGAUCAGCCUGGCGAUCAUGCUUGCAGACGCCCUUGUAAGUCUCGGCUGGCUUGUUCUCCGCCCUCUGAUAUGGUAUGCUCGUCUCUUUAUCCACGGCGCGAGGGAAAAAGGCCUCCGCCGCCAUCUCCACGACCUCCUGCGAGACCCUAAGACACGCGGCUACAGCCCCGUCGACCUGGACGACGACCCUUCUACCACGACGAACGGCAACCUCACCAAAUCCACGUCCCACCCACUGCACCCGGAGGAAGAAGAAUACGACGCACCCCCUUCCCACCUCAUAGGCUGGCGCACCACCACUCUUGGCCUUGUUCUCUCACUAGCGUUCUGCGUCUUCGCCGCCCAGUACUCCUUUCGAGGCAUCAUCUCCAUCGGUCUCACCUUCCUUGCCCUACUCCUCGCCCUUCUGCUGAGCAUCAUGGGCGUCCGUGCACUAGGAGAAACCGACCUCAACCCGGUCAGCGGCAUCAGUAAGCUAACGCAACUCGUCUUCGCCUUUGUGAUGCCCACCAACCAUCGCAAUGCCGUCACCAUCAACCUUCUUGCCGGCGCAAUCUCCGAGUCAGGGGCCGUACAAGCGGGCGAUCUUCUCCAGGACCUCAAGACGGGCCAUUUACUCGGCGCGAGCCCCAAGGCGCAAUUCUACGGCCAGCUCAUCGGUUCGGCUGUUGGCGCCGUGGUAAGCGCAAGCGUGUACAAACUCUAUACUCGCGUCUACACUAUCCCCGGCGGACUGUUCCAAAUCCCAACGGGUUACGUCUGGAUCUUCACCGCGCGUCUCGUCACUGGCCAAGGCCUGCCGCCAAGGACUCCGGAGUUCGCGGGCGCCGCUGCUCUCAUCUUCGCCUUACUGACGAUGCUUCGCAUUUACGGUAACUCCAUCCAACGCCCUGAUGGUGGGAAAGGGGCUUGGUGGGUUCCAUAUGUGCCCGGUGGGAUUGCGGUGGCGGUCGGCAUGUAUAACACGCCGAGUUUUACCUUGGCGCGCACUGCGGGUGGUGUGUUGGGGUGGUGGUGGACGAAAUGGAGGGGUGGGCAGGAGACGCUGAUGAUUGUUCUGGCUUCAGGACUUAUUUUGGGAGAGGGCUUGGUGAGCAUUGUUAAUCUAGCGUUGGCAAGUGCAAGCGUGCCGCACUUGUAGAUCUGUUUGUACAUAAGGUCACCCUGGACAUGAGUAUAUUAUCUAAUGUAGUCUGUCAAGUCUGUUCGGCA